UAUUCGGAGUAUUCGGAUACUGGUUACAGCCCUGGUUCUGUGUGUGCAGUCGGAACCAGCUGUCCGUCCUCCCCCCAGUGGUCUGCAGCCUCCCCCUGAAGGUCCUGAUAGCCUCCAACAACAAGCUGGGCUCUCUGCCGGAGCAGCUGGGUCAGCUGAGACACCUCACUGAGCUGGACGUCAGCUGCAAUGAGAUUCAGACCCUACCCGCUCAGGUGGGCCAGCUGGAGGCCCUGAGGGACCUGAACGUCAGGAGGAACCACCUGAACCGGCUGCCGCCAGAACUGGCAGAACUUCCUCUGGUGCGCCUGGACUUCUCCUGCAACAAGGUGACGUCCAUCCCCGUCUGCUACCGGCGCCUCACCCAGCUGCAGGCCAUCGUCUUGGACAACAACCCGCUGCAGGCACCGCCCGCUCAGAUCUGCAUCAAAGGAAAGGUCCACAUCUUCAAGUACCUGAACCUGGAGGCCAACAAGAGCACGCCGGAGCCGGCAGAGUACGAGAGACGGCCGCUGACCUGCAUGGAUGAACCGUAUCCCGGACGUCCGUACGGAGCGUUGGACUCCGGCUUCAACAGCGUCGACAGCGGGGACAAGAGAUGGCUGGGCAUUGAGCCUGCAGAGGAAGCGUUGGAGCUGCGGGGGGCGGAGACCGGCAGAGACCCCAGACAGCGAGGGGGAGGAGCUCUGCUGCCCAACGGCACAGCAAACGUGGAGUUGGAGCAGAUCGACUUCAUCGACAGCUACAUGGAGGAAGACGAGGAGAAGAAGAGCCGCUUCAGCCUCAGCUCCCAGUUCAUGGCGUACAUCGAGAAGCGCAUCACCAGAGAGGGUUCUCCAGUAAAGAACAGCCGGAGCGAAGACAGCAGAAGACUCAGCAGGACGACGGCUGAUGUUGCCGCACCACCCUCCAGCCCGUACAGUCAGAAAGGGGGCGUUGGUCCUGGGGGGGUGGAGAGGAUGAGGAAGGAGGCCCAGCUUGCUGCUCUGAGGUACGAGGAGGAGCGGCAGAAGAAUCGCUCUUUUCAGAGGGAGGGCGUCGGCACAGUCGCCAAGCACAAACCGGCUCAGAGCCCAACCAAGUCCAGUGAAGCCGAGAAUACUUUCCCUUCAAGACGCUCCACCCACACAGAUGACUCCGCCCUCUUUAUGGUAAACCUUUGGCCCCUU